GUGAAACAAGCUAGGUUAGUGGGCCGAGUUUAGAGAUGGCCAGAUAUUGUUCUCACAUCUAACUAUCUAAGGGUCAGAUAACCGAUCUAGCAAUCAAAAUAUUGCAUACUCUCAAUUUCCAUUUUUGCUCAAGUGGAAUCAAUGGAAGACAAGUGUUGUUUCCCUUUUAAAAUGACAACAAUCAUGUUAUUUUGUGAUUCCUUUGACAAGAAGACAGUAGCCAGCUUUCUUAGCAGACAAAAAGAGGGAACAGAAACAAAAGCAAACAGAUAUUACAAAUGAUUCAUUUCAACUAUUCUAAUCUACAGCAACCACAAACCCAGUUGGAUUCCCGUCCAAAAGAAGCUCAUGGAAACUCAUCACAAGAGAGAGAAGUAAACUAAAGCCAUGAAAGAAACCGAAUUCAGUGGAAAAUCUAUAUACUAACAUGCUCAAGGACAUGGGUCUCAGACCCUCAUGCAUUCAGUUUCUGAGACAGCAGACUGAGCUUGAAAGAGAUGCUCUCAUGUCUGUGGAAUGGGCUCAUCUGCAAUCUACAGUAAGAGCUGAUUCUCCAUCUAGGAUGACAGUGACAUGAAAUCGACAUUAUUGUUGAUUAUCUAUUUCAGGUCCAUUAGAUUAUACUUUCUUCUAUUCUUUAUUGAAUACUUUUAAGUUAGUUGAACCGACUUUUGUAGGUUCAACUAAUCAUUCUAUAAAUAGGGGGUGUCCAGCAGGCCUCAAUCAGUGACACAUUCCCUAUUCUCCCUCUCCUCUAUAUUGCUUUCAGCUUUUCACCAUUUUUUAGUCGCUGCCAGUUAUGGACUCGUCGAAGCACACUUCAAGCAAAGAAGGAUGUAGCAGCAGUGAAUCUGGGUGGACAAUGUACAUUGCCUCUCCCAUGGAAGAAGAUGAUGAAGAGUGCAGUGGUGAUGACAACAGUAACAAACAUAUGGAAGAAGGUGACAAGAAUGCUGAUCACCGUGACGAAGAAAGUGAUGACUCCAUGGCUUCUGAUGCUUCCUCUGGCCCAAGUCAUCAACAAAAGUUAAAGAAUUACAGAGAUAACUAUGGAAAGGCAGGUCCUAAGCAUGAUAAGUCUGCUAAUACCAGUAAGGGUUCUUCCACCAAGAAAUCACACAGAAAAGAGAACGGGAAUGAUGAAAAUAACAGCAAAAGUGAAGGAAGAUUUCGAGCUUUUAAGAAAUACUGGAAGUAGUAUGGUUUGAACCAUGAAAGGUCUGUAAAUUUCUCCAUGUGCAAACAUAUAUUAUCUUUCUUAAGACAUCCUCCUCCAUGAUGAAAAAGCAUAUUGCAAUUCAUUUUGUCUUCUCACAAGAAAUUGGAAUCAAAAUUCUCACAAGUAGACUUCAGGAUGUUACAUGUUAUUUUGGACAUACUGUCAAGGAAAUGUUCACAAUAUACGUGAAAAGAACACUGAAAAAAACUCCUAUAUCUUCAUUCUGAGAAUGAUUUCUGCCUCUUCAAAUUAUUAGUUUAUUUCUUGCUAUUCUUCCUGAGUUCCUGGCAACUAAGGUAUCCAUUGCAAUAACUCAAUCCCAGCCAUCUAUAACUCAAAUAACAGUCUCAAUACAGCAGCUAUACAAGCAUGAUAUAGCAGAAAAUGCUAGCAGGAGUGAGAAUCUGGGUUGGGUAAAGUAAGUUCAUUGGGGCAAGCCGAGCUAUGAACAACCCCCCAACCAUCCAUCAAAGAACUAUAAACUGAUAAUGGGUGCUGGAAAGAAAUUUUUCGGAGCAAGAAAAAGUUCCUCCAUUUUAGGUCAGACUUAAUGGGAUGAGACAAAAGUCUCAGGGGAAAAAAAAGGUAUUCCAGCAAAUCUUCCUACUAUCGAUGCAAUGUGAGAAUUUGUGUGUGUAUCUGUUGUGCACACAUGUGUGCAGACUAUUAGCAGAGAAUGUUGUGCUGGAAAGAAGAAAAACCCAACCUAGAAAGACAAAAGCCAACUAGAGGGCAACAAAGAAGAUGUGAGAGAGAACAUUAUCUACUGAAAAUGUCCAACCCACUGACGAAGGAAUGCAAAUGCAACAGCUAAGCAAAUAGAGAUUAUGGGCUGUAUAUUUGCCAAGAAUGUUUAGCACAUUCUAAACAGCAUCCAUGUAGUAAAUACAAUGCUGAUGAUAAUAUUAACAGUAAGGAUGCAUCAAACACCAAACAAUUAUUAGAAUGCAAUGUGACAGACAGACAACAACAGAAAGCAAAAUGUCUGUGGAAGAGCUUAUGUACUUUCUCCCUUGUACUCAUCUUAGAAAAAUAAGCUCUCAUUGCAGUCGAUAGCAUGCACUGUAAAAGCUUAUGGUCUGCAAUUCAGAUGUGUUAUGCAUCAAAUUAGGAUCCCAGUAUUAUAUAAUGAUGUGGGAAGCAUUUUUCAAAAGUAUCUGGUGCUUACCAUAAACUUAUUCUACAGAACAUGAAGAUCCCACAAACGUUUUCCUCAGUUGUCAAAAUGCAAGACACGUUAUAAGCUAAUCAGCAUGAGAUAUUGAUAUCAGUCGGCACGUGAGUCAAAAACAGAAAAUUAAACAUGUGUUAUGUGCAAAGAUGCAUAAGCAGCAGCACUAUACAAAUAAGAAUUUUAUGCAAUCUACAAAUAAGAUUAUUGAGAUGGGGAAAUAAGUGGGUCAAUGAACGUAAGGAAACUAAGAGUAGUAUCCAAUGCUUAAAAUCAAAAUACCAAUCUUCUCAUGAGCAAUUUCUUGUCUCAGGGAUUAAGUCUUAACAGCACCAUCACCAAGAGUGAUAAACAAAUUUCUUGUAAGGGGAGAAACUCAAAAGAAGUUCAAAUCUAAACAUGAAAGGAGGGCAGAUCUGCCAAGAACAAUUAUAAAAAACAAAAGUACAACAACAAUGCAUUAUUACUAAUAUGAAUUUUGAGUCCAAUUUGGAUAAUUCUUCAAAUGGUGAUGGAG